UCACAGAAAUGUUUCUGGCGGGUGUGUGUAUUAGGUCGAAUACGGUAGCGGCAGGCUGGGAGUCUGGCAAUGUGUGCGUUUGUUCUAACAUGGCGCAAGCCGUUUUUUAUCCAAUUUCUGAGACGGGGAACUGUAACUGAGGGCUUUUUUGUGAACGGCCGGGGGAAAUAGAGGGAUCUGCGAGCCGGGUGAGAGAGACACACACACACACACAACACAAUCAGAUUCGAAGGAAGCGGUUUCCCGGAAUUCUCCAUGAAUGUAUGUCACGAUGAUGAUGACAGAUCAGAUCCCUUUGGAGCUCCCUCCUCUGCUGAACGGAGACGUCCCCAUGAUCCCACACCUAGUUAAUGGCGAUGGAUCACAGCAGGUUAUCCUGGUUCAGGUUAACCCUGGAGAAACCUUCACCAUUAGAGCAGAAGAUGGUUCCCUACAAUGCAUCCAAGGUCCAGCUGAGGUGCCCAUGAUGUCCCCCAAUGGAUCCAUUCCCCCCAUUCACGUCCCGCCAGGUUACAUCUCACAGGUGAUCGAAGACAGCACAGGUGUCCGCAGGGUGGUGGUCACUCCACAGUCCCCGGAGUGCUUCCCGCCCAGUUACCCCUCAGCGAUGUCUCCGAGCCCCCACCUGCCCCCAUAUAUCACGCAUCACCCGCAACUCAUUUCUCACACUCACCCAGCAUACUACCCGCCAGUCACAGGUCCGGGAGACAUUCCCCCGCCGUUCUACCAGCAUCACCUGCCACCCACUAUAUAUGGGGAGCAAGAAUUUAUCCCUCUGUACGGGAUGUCCAGCUACACGACCAGGGAGGACCAGUACAGCAAACACGACCGACUCCACAAGAAGCUGAAGACCGACCGUCAGAACCGACUCAACAGCCCGCCCACGGCCAUCUACAAGAGCCACGUCAGCUCCUGCACAGCGAUCUACAACGGCUACGGAAAGGGGCCGUGUGUGAUGGGCGUGGGAGGCGGAGGGGGAGGGGGCGGAGGAUCCAGCCUCAAGAAGAUGGAGCGGCGAGCGAGGAGCAGCCCCAAAACCAGCGAGCAGGAGAUCCAAGAUUACGAUUCGGAAACAAAGAGAGUUCAAGACAUGCUUUCGGGGAUGGGCAAACCACAGGUGUCCAAUGUACAAGCUAGGGCAGCGCUACUGACGUGGGCACCUCCUGUGGGUCUGGUCAACGGGGACAAGCACACCAAUGGGCUCCCCUCCACGUGCAACUACGAGGUGGCCUCGUCAGACAAGGGAAAGGACGGCAAAUACAAGAUCAUUUACAGUGGUGAAGAUUUGGAAUGCAGCCUCACUGACCUGCGCCCAACAACAGACUACCACAUCAGAGUUUCCACCAUCUACAAUUCGGUCAAAGGGUCGUAUUCAGAACCUGUCAGCUUCACCACGCAGAGCUGUGCUCCCGACACCCCCUUCCCACCCAAAGUUUCACAACGGACCAAAAGCACGCUGACCAUCCAGUGGAAGGCACCUCUUGACAACGGAUCAAAGAUAACCAGUUACCUUCUAGAGUGGGACGAGGGGAAAAGGAAUAAUGGAUUCCGGGAAUGUUACCUGGGAAGCCAGCGGCAGUGUAAGCUUAGCAAGCUCCUACCGGCCAUUGGCUAUACCUUCCGAGUGGCCGCAUGCAAUGACAUUGGCACCAGUGGUUUCAGCCAGGAGGUGGUGUGCUACACGGCAGGGAACGUGCCUCAGACGCCGGCUUCCCCUCGCCUGGUGCGGGCAGGGGUCACCUGGGUGUCCCUGGAGUGGAGCCGGCCGGACGCCACGCUGCCCGAGGAACUCAUCACCUAUGUGCUGGAGAUGGAGGACAGCAGCUUGGUGUCGGGCUUCCAAACAAAAUACACAGGGGAGGAGCUGACCUGCACAGUAAAGUCACUGACCAGGAACACACAAUACAAGUUCAGGCUGAUAGCUUCAAAUUCGGAAGGCAAAAGCAACCCCAGUGAGGUCCUCGUCUGCAUCACCAACCCAGACCAGCCAGGACCACCCUCCACACCCUACCUAGUCAGCCCCGCCACCUCGCACAGUCUCCACCUCAAGUGGGAUUCGCCACAAGACAAUGGGGGAUCAGAAAUUCUCAAGUAUCUGCUGGAGUAUUCGGAGGGAAGUUCAGAGGGAAGCCAGUGGGAGGUGGUGUACAGCGGAUCGUCUAACGAGUACGCCUGCGAGGAACUGAAGCCCGGCACCUUAUAUCGGUUUAGAGCCUGUUGUAUCAGCACCGGGGGUCACAGCCAGUGCUCUGACAGUCUGUCCGCCCGCACCCUGAGCACGGCACCAGGAUUCUGCCAGCCUCCCAGGCUCGUGGGGAAAGCCAAACACAAGGAGCUUCAGAUCGAGUGGGGCCCCCCACCAGAUGAGGACUCCCUGGUGACGGAGUACAGCGUGGAGAUGAGUGUGGGGGAGCAGGAAGCGGCCGAGGUUUACCGUGGUCAGGCGCCACACUGUACCGUCAGCGGCCUUCUGCCCAGCACCACCUACGUCUUCAGGGUGCGGGGCGCCAGCGAUUCAGGGUAUGGACCAUUCUCGGACAUGACAGAGUUCACCACGGCAGAGGGCCCACCAGUACAGUGUAAAGCACCGGUCCUUUCUUGCACAUCGGUCACCAGUGUACUCGUGAACUGGGAGAGCCCAGAGACGUCUACAGCCGACAUCUCGGAGUACAGGCUAGAAUGGGGAGCGGCGGAGGACGAGAUGGAGGUCGUUUACUCUGGGACAGAGACGGUUUUCGAGAUUGACAACCUCACACCAGCUGCUCGAUACUGCUGCCGGCUUCAGGCCACUAACCAGGCCGGCUCAGGGGCCCACAGCAGCCUGGUCACCUACACCACGCCCGCCUCGGUCCCUGGUGUCGUGUCCAACGUCUGUGUCUUGGAUGACCAGCACUUGGACCCCAGCCUGACCUCCACCUGCCUCGCGCUCAAGUGGGACGAGCCACCCAGCAAUGGCUCUGAGAUCCUCUCAUACAACAUCGAGCUCGGGGAGAGCCUGCUCACUGUGGACAACAUCACAGCCUACGUCAUACGCCAUCUCCUGCCAGACACUUCCUACAGGAUUAAGGUUCAGGCGGUGAACAGGAUGGGCGCAGGUCCCUUCAGCGAGCCAGUGAGAGCCAGGACGCAGUCCCUACCCCCGGCGCCACCUCGCCUUGAGUGCACCGCUUCAGGGCCCCAGAGCCUUCGGCUGAGGUGGGGAGAGAGUAGCAGCGCCAAGGCCGUGCUGAGCGUGGACGUGGACACCAUCUACACCCUCCAGAUGGCCGAGCCAAGUGGGAAGUUCAUGCCGAUCUACAGAGGACCGAGCCACACCUACAAGGUACAGAGAUUGACGGAGUCCACCUGUUACCAGUUCCGGAUCCAGGCACUCAGUGAAGCCGGCGAGGGACCCUUCUCAGACGCCUACCUCUUCAGCACCACCAAAUCACUGCCCCCUGCUGUCAAAGCUCCGCGUGUCACUCAGCUGGAAGGAAGCACGUGUGAGGUCUCGUGGGAGGGAAUCCCGCCAAUGAGAGGCGACCCCAUUGGUUACAUCCUCCAGGUUACGGUCGGAAGGGAGCUGGUCUACAAGCAGGUGUACAAGGGUGAGGACACGACCUUCCAGAUCUCAGGCCUCCAGACAAAUACGGACUACCGGUUCCGCGUCUGCUGCUGCCGCCAGUGCCGAGACCUGUCUCAGGAGCUGACCGGACCCUUCAGCCCCUCGGCCAUUUUCACCCUGCGGCGCAAGGAGCCCUCCCUGGCCGGCGAGCUGCGAACUGUCGAUGCCACGCAGGCCCGCGGUAUGAUGGCCAGCGACGAGCAGUUUGCCGCCCUUAUCCUUGCUGGAUUUGCUAGCCUCUCCAUUUUCAUCGCCUUUAUCCUACAGUACUUCAUUGUGAAGUGAGGAAGCAGGAAGCAAAAGGAAAGGUCACACUCAUAACUGUUGAGGCAUAAAUUUAGCUGCAUACUAGUGCCAGAAAAAUACAUCGAAUUAUUCCGUUGUUGACCUGCUAUUAAUCAUUCUUUUAUUUUUUAAUUUUGAUAUUGACUUUCCUUUUUUUCUGGAAAACUCCCUCUGUCAUUCACGCCCAGUCAAGUCACCAAAGCUCCUCUCUCAACAGUUCUCUGGGUUGGGGAAUCUUCACAGGAUCCUUGAGGUACCUCCUCUGGCAUGGACGCAGUGGUUGUGCCCUCUGUUUUUGUCAGCUUGUUGCCUUCCUCUGAAGUGAGGGGUGUUGGUUCGGGUGGCAGUGAGCAGCAUGGGAGCAGCCAACUUUUCGGCCUCUACUCCCAUGUGCUCUUUGGGAAUUUUAUAUACAUAUACGUAAAUAUAUAUAAUUUUUAACUAAGAUUUUCACACUGGGAGGAGGUCUGGUCAGGAGAGGGCAGGCCUUAAGUGGGUGCCACGCUAGCAGAGUGGUUAGCGUGAUGCUGUUACAGCUCGGGGCAUCAGAGUUCAGAGUUCAAUCCCAGCAUCCUCUGUAAGGAGCUGGUACGUACUCCCUGUGGAAUGUGAGGUUUUCUCCAGGUGCUACAGCUUCCUCCCACAGUCCAGAGAUGUAGUGGAAUUGGUCAUUGUAAAUUGUUCUGUGAUUAGGCUCAGGUUAAGUUGGGUUGCUAAGGCGAUGCAGCUCAAAGGCCAGAAAGGCCUUUUCCAUGCUGUAUCUCUAAAUAAAUCCUUCCACACUCAAUGGAAGAUGGGGAAGCCGCUGGGGCAGCCCUUGGAGAGUGUUGAGGGGUGCCAGAUGUCAGUGGUCAGAAGGAGGGGUUACGCCCACCUUCUCUCCCCUUGGUUCUGCUCAGCAUGGUGGCUAGGAUGAGUGGGGAGUCUUUUUACGUUAAUUACAGCAGGCCAGACUUUCUGUCCGUUAUGGGAAAUGACAAGCGAAAUGCUGUGGGGGGGGGGAGGGAGAGGAAGUGGGAGAGUUGUUGAGCGUGCUCUCCCAGUCAGCUAACCCUCUUCCCUGACUAAUCAGGUCUCCCCAAGGCCAACAGGCUUCUCGAUCCUCUCAAUCCGGGAGCGGGAGGAGUGUGGGACGGCUGAGGAUGAAGCCAUUGAGGAUGAAGAUGUCCUGGGGUGCCACAGUCGCAGUGAGGUGGUCCUGCCCCACACUCGCUCCUUCACCUCCUUCUCUGCUGUCAGCUAUCACCCCCACCCCCACCCUGACCCAGCCACCGUGGAAAUGCAGCCACCCACUGCCAGAUUUUAACACUGCCAUUAAACUGGGGGGGGAGUGAUCACAACCUCCUACCGCCGAUCAGAUCAGCUCCCCUUAUCCCCCACCCUCAACUCACGGAUUGCCUCGACAUCUCAGCCCUCACCCUGUCGUGGUCAUCGGGGACCCUGGUCAACUCAGGUCCUCUGACAGGCAGGGGUAAAGUGAGGCAGUCGUGUGCAGGGUUACAGUGAAAGGGUUUGUGCUUGGUGUACAUCACUGGAUCCCGUUGCCCCGGCCCACCACUGCCACCCACCAGGCUGAUGGGGCAAAUCAUAUUUCCCCGAGUUACACCCUCACAGUUACCACCGCCUCCCCGAGUUACACCCUCACAGUUACCACCGUCUCUCCGAGUUACACCCUCACAGUUACCCACCAUCUCCCCGAGUUACACCCUCACAGUUACCCACCAUCUCCCCGAGUUACACCCUCACAGUUACCCACCGUCUCCCCGAGUUACAUCCUCACAGUUGCUGCCCAGUCAACAGCAACUGCGUCGGGAUGUGAUGGAUGGAAAGGGAAGAGGUUGUGCGUUGGGAGCUUUGCAGAAGGAAUGUCAGCCCGGCUGAGCGCUGAGAGAUGACCUUCCAUUAUGGGCGAUUUUGGUGUUGCUUCAGGGUUGAAAACAUCAGAGGAGAGAGCUGCAAAUUUCUACUCCAGCCCCUGUCAUCUCCUCUCUCCCCUGGCCAAACUUGAGACUGGGGGAAGGAUUCCAGCAUUUAGUACAUUUCUUAUUUAUACUUUUACUUGCAUUCAGUACUUUAAAUGAAAAGCCAGUUACAGUGCAAUCCUUUUAUUUAUUGUUAAGUAUGCUUAUUGUGUUCUCUCUGGGUCACACUGCUGUUUAUUUUAUUGUGUGUCUGUCCGGGAAUUGUUCCUAUUUUAGAAGCUCCUCGCGAAUGUGUCUAGGUUUUAGUUACGUUACGCUUUGUUACGUUAUAUCUCAGAUGCAGAGAGAUUUGAUUUUCUGUCUCGCGUCAUUGCACGUAUGCGUACUGUUGGAUUCUGCUGUUUAAAUCCAAGGUUCUUUCAGAUGUCAGGACCGAGGCACAAAACUUGUUGCUUCACGAUCGUUUUUUUAAGACUUGGUAGAACAGUCAGAAGUUGAAAAAAAUGGGGACUGGGCUACUACUAACUGAAGGAGGGAGACACUAAAGAUGGUGCCUAGCAUAGAUUACACCUAAAGAUCAGAAAAAUUCCAAUCAAAUCAGUAGCUAAGAGACAACCAAAUUGAAAAUACUUUUUCUGCAGUAAAAAUUAACCAUUGAGAAAACACUUAUUCAUUUAAUGAAAUACAGAGAAGCUUUCAGAAUUAUACUGCUGGGCAGGGGUUCCAAACUUUUUUAUGCCGUGGAGCCUUACAAUUCACCAAGGGUCUGUGGACCCCAGUUUGGGAGCUGCUGCAUGAGAGGCAUGCCCUACUGUUUUGCAUAUAAAGCGACUUGAAAUACAAGCAGGCAGUUAAUUGUUAAACAACAGAAAAUGACAAUUAAAAUUAGCAGUCAGAUCCAACAGUACACACGUGCAUGUAUUUGUAUGUGAGUGUGUGUUUGUGUGUGUGUCGUGCGUGUGCAAAGAUUACCAAAAGCAUUACUCAUGAAUGAAAUGUUUACACAUAGCCAGGCUAGUAUCCAUGCUUUUAUUUUUAGCAUGUGUGUUUGGGGGAAUUGGGGGGAUGUCUUCUAAACGUUGUCCUGUGAAGUUCAUCGAUGUGGUGACACAUCCCGAAGGCACGACCAGGGUAACACAAACCCUGGAUUUCACAGCUGACCUUGUGCCUCUCUUAUUGAGAUUUCCCUCCCAUUCCCCAUUCCGCCAAAUAGUCAUAGGUGGUUCUGUCUUUAUCAGUUGAUGUAGCACAAUAUUAGACGUGAUUUAUAGUUAAUUUCUUGCUGUUUAUUUACAGAUUCUGAGCUUGGUAAAAACAGUCAGAACAGAUAGUUACAUUUCAGCAUUUUUUUUGAUAAUCCUCUAUUACCAAAGCAUUGGGCCUGUCUACUUUAACCUCUUUUUUAAUUUAAAGUGUUAUUUGUGUUUUGUAAAACUUGCUUUUAGUAGUGUUCGAGGUCUUUCAUAUACACAGCAUCCGUAGUCUUCAAAGGACCAUAACGUGUUGCUUCCAUAGAGAAAGAAAUGGACUCUUUUAGAGAUUAGUUCGUUGUGCGUUCCAUUCAAGCCUGCUUCCUCCCAAUGCCACAAGCACUCAACACUACAAUUCCACCUCUUUUUCCAUUCCUUCUCAAUCUGAAAUGAUUUGAUUCUUGAGAUUAUGCUGUGGGAUUCUGGUACGCAAGGUGUUAACGCACAUGUCUGAAAUUCCAGUCCUCUUCGCAUCGAUAAGCAAUCUGAUAAAGUGCCGAGUCGGGUGAAUUUUUUUGUUAUUUUAAUUAAUAAAUUAUUCUCGGGGUGGGUGCUGUGUCACUCACUUGUUCACUGCCUAACGUUAAAUCCUCCAUUCCUGGCAUCACACGUUUUCUAUUCAGACGUACACUCCACUCACUUCACUCACACCACCUCCCGUCUCUUCAAUCUCUGUCCCCUCUCCUCUCUCCCUUUUCUCUCUCCCUCUCCUCUUCCCCCUCUCCACUCUCUCCCCCUCGCCCUUCUCAAUCCUUCACUCUUCUCUCUCUCUCCCUCUUCUUUCCCCUCUCUGCCUUCUCUCUCCUACUCCCAUUUAUCUACACCACUCUCUUCGCCCUCUCCUACUCCCCUCCCUACCCUCCCCCUCUAGUCUCUCUUCCUCCUCCCCUUCUCUCUCUCCCCUUCUCUCCAUUGACCCUCCUUGCUCCCUUCUCUCCCUCCUCCCCUUCUCCCCCCUCCAUUCACUCUCUCCUCCCCUCCCAGUUUGCUUCAGAGUGAGUAGUACUUUGAAUUUGAGAUUUCAUCUCCUCCUGCAGCGAUACAACUUCUCAAAGAAUAAUCUGAAUUGUGACAAUUUACGCGCCUCUCUUUUACCUCAAGUGUUGAAUAUACAUUCCAAGCUUUUCAUUAAAAUGGUAAAUAGAAAUAAAUUCAUAAGCAUGUGUAUUGUAAAUUUUAGAUUAUUUCAUAAACAUUAUAUAAAACUGUCCUAUCAAUUUUAAUGUAUAGAUUUUGCAAAUACUACCCUAUGUAUGUAAGACUAAACCUUAUCUGUAGCGUAUAUAUGUAAUAUAUUUAUGCCCAAAUAAAUGUUUUAAUUCUUUCUGGUA